AUGUCUAAAAAGUUGAGACUUGAUGAGAUUUUGAAAAAAAAAGAUCUCAAAUCCGUCGAUUUGAAAGGCUUGGAAUCGGAUGAUGACGUGAAUAAUGGUCCAAAAUCACUAAAAAUCGACAUGGAAACGAAGUUCCAAAACUUGCUCAAAGAGCAAUUUCCGACACUUGAACAAGUUCUCCUAGUCAUCUCGUCUCAAUUGAACCAUAUCCAAAAUGAGAAUCUCAAUAAUUUUAUGGAUUUGUGGGCGGAGCUUCGUCAGAAGUCUGGAGAAGGUGCCGACUUCAAUAUGGUGAUUUCUGAGAAGGAAUUGGCGUCGAUGGAAAUCUCAUUCAAAAAAAAGUUUGAAAUUUUGAAGAACGAUUUUGAGCGAGAGAAGAUGGCUCAUAAGAAUACCCAAUUCACGCUUCAAAAAUGUCAAAUCGAGUUGUUCGCAAAGAAUCGAGAGAUCGAGAAGCUUCAGGAGCGGAUUCAAGAGUUGGAGAAAACUGAAAAUGAGCAAAAAUCGAUAAAAUCACUAGCUGAGGAGUUUGAAAAGCUGAAAAUUGGAAUGCUGGGAGACCAGGAGCCUUCAGAAUCAGCUAGAAUCGAAGAGCUCGAGGAUCUUUUGGAAGAAUCUGACGCGAAAAUUCUGGAUCUUCAGGAGGAGCUAGAAGACGUCAAGACGAAGAUGUUCAAAGUAAAAACGGAAAAUCAUCACUUGAAGAUUGAGGCGGACGAGCUGGGCGGCGAACUGGAAUCUGAAAUUUUCAGAUUCUCUGAAAAAUUAGAAUUCGCCAAUGGCAAAAUUAAAAUGAUGGAUUUGAAGAUUCGGAAUCUGAGGAAGGAUUCAGAUGAGAAGAUCCAGAAGCUCAAACAUUCAGAAUUCAAGAAAGUUCAAGAAAUUCUGAAGCUUCAUCAUCGCCUGCAAACUGAGGAUUUCGGUUCAGACCACAAAGUUCAAGAAUCGCUGAAACUUUUGGAGAAUCAGAAGAAUCUGGAAAUCGCCGAGCUCAAAGAUAUGCUGAGCAAUCAGGGAAAGAGGUUUCAGCUGGAAGUUGAGGAAAAGAUGAUUCUGGAGGCGGAGCUUCAGAAGCUUCAGACGACGUUGGAGGAGAAAAAUGAAUUGCGGAAGAAGUGGGCGGCGGAGCUUAGUUCGUCUUUUGAAUCGACGCGAGCAGCAUUGAAGGAGCAGCUCAAGACGGUCCCGAUGUCAUCAAAUUUUCCAACACUUCAGAAGACGUUGGAGGAGAAAAAAGGGGCGGAGCCUAAUUUGGAUUUAAAGGCGCUUCAAGCGACGCUGAUGGAGCAGAUGAAGAUGUAUCUGGCACAUUCGAAAAAUGCUGGGGAUAAUUCUCUAAGUUCUUCGAAAUGUUGA